AUUCACAGUGUCCACAGAGCUCGACCAUUGUUAAAUCCCUAUUCACUUGGUUUGUACAAGAUCAUGAUGCAUUAGUACCAAUCAUCCACCGCCUCCUUUCAGUCACCUCCCCGCCGAAGUCAAUCUCAGGCACGGGCAAGCAGACAAACAACAAAAAGAUGGCCCAGAAUACUACAACACCCCCAUCCUCGACUAUCCCCCCCGAGUUAAUAACUCCCAACUCCUCCUUCUCCGUCAACCACACCUCCCCCUGCCCAGCAGCAAAAAUGCCGACGAAAUCAUCCCAACUAACCCUUGACCCCUCCAACUACCCCGGCGGCAAGAAGUCUCUCUCCGGGGUCUCCCUCCGCGCGUUCUUAAUCGGCACCACUCUCGGACUCUCCACCUCCCUAACCAUUGUCCUCCACGUCUUCAACGCCCCCCUCUGGCGUGUCCCGUUCUUCCUCGCCUCCCUGGCCCUCUUCCACUUCCUCGAAUACUAUGUAACAGCCGAAUACAACACCCGUCACGCCAACAUCUCCGCCUUCCUCCUCUCCUCGAACGGCUGGGCAUACAAUGUCGCACACAUCUCCGCCGCAGUGGAAUGUCUCCUCGCCCAGCUCUUCUGGCCAAAUGCCGCCUACCUGAACUGGGGAUCGCCCGUCCCAGGCCUAAAGGUUCAAGUUAUGCUCGGACUCGUCCUCAUGGUUAUCGGCCAGGUUGUUCGCACGGUGGCCAUGGCACAGGCGGGAAUUAGCUUCAAUCAUACAGUGCAGGUCGAGCGGAAGGAGGACCAUACUCUGGUUACGCAUGGGAUCUAUGCGGUUCUGCGUCAUCCGAGUUAUUUUGGGUUCUUCUGGUGGGGAUUGGGGACGCAGCUGGUGCUGGGGAAUGUGGUCUGUUUUGUGGGUUAUGCGGUAGUGCUGUGGAGGUUCUUUUAUAGUCGGAUUUUCCGGGAGGAGAAAUUCCUGAUUGCGUUUUUUGGGGAUGACUACGUUGAAUAUAAGAAGAGGUCCUGGGUGGGGAUUCCAGGCAUCCAUUGAGCAUUGCCCCGUGCUUGAAAUGUUGAGUAGAUUGUUGCGACGGGGCCAUGGAUUUUGUAUAGAAAAGACGCAGCUGUGAAAAUUAUUUGCUGUUGUAUCAAAUGCCACGCCGAACGCCAUGCGCUUUAACGUCAAAAUUCAAGCAAAUCCCAAUAUGUACAAAUAAUCAAGUUAUCUAAAGUUUACUCUCCCGUUCUGGAGCAACUGCCCCCACGGCACCGCUCAUAUAAGGACCCUGGUUG